CACGCCUAUCAAAUUUUGGCGCCGUUGCCGGGGACAGAUUAACUUCUUAUGGAAUUCAGUUUGCUAUGUUUCAAAAAAAACAAGCAAAAAAAAAAUUUAAAAAAAAACAAAAUUAAAAAAAUCAAUAAAACACAAAAAAAACAAAAAAAAAACAAAAAAAGCCCAACACGAAAACAUCUAUACAGAAAAUUGGGCAAUAUUCGACUCUUACAACGAAGUUGCGACGCCGAUCUCCGACCACCGACUGAAACUGGGCAACCUCCAACAUCCAGGAGCUUUGCUCUGUAAAAACAUAUGGUUUCUAUAGGCCAGAAAGCUUUAUUGUGUAGAAACAAUAAAACACGCAAUCCAAUUGAGGAACAAUUGACACAUCAGGAAGGUAUAUAUUUUUAUCAGUGCAAAAAGGAAAAAAAUAUGGGUAGAAGGAAUGGAAAGAAGCAUGCUGCAUUCGCUGCUGACAGUUCGGCUGAAUAUCCGUCAGACGGAAAAUCUGUUGAUGGUAAUCGAAAAGCUAGAAGAUCCUCGAAGAACCAACAUGGGACUGCUUAUACACCAUUCAUCAGGAAUCCGAUAGAUCCAGAAACAGUGAAGUACUUCACAGAGAUUGCAAAUGUCAUUGAAAGCAAGGAGAUUGACUUAGAAGAGCGGUCUAUUAUAUGCGGUAAUGCCUUAGAAGAAACAAGAGGAAAAGAAGCAGAACUUGCAACUGAUUAUGUAAUAAGUCAUACUCUGCAAAUCCUUCUGGAGGGCUGUUCUCUAGAUUAUCUUUGUGGUUUUCUUCAAAGCUGUGCAGAGAAGUUCUCUUACAUUGCAACUGACAGAUCUGGGUCUCAUGUUACUGAAACAGCUUUAAAAUCUCUGUCAGUGCACCUACAGGAGAGUGAGGAACUAUCUUUUAUCAAAGACACCUUGUUAAAACUAUGUGAGGCAAUAAUUAUCAAUCCUGUUGAUGUAAUGUGCAACUGUUAUGGAUCACACGUGCUUCGAAGUCUUCUUUGUCUAUUGAAUGGGAUGCCCUUAGAACGAUCCCAUGGGACCAAGUCAGCAACCAUACUGGCAGAACGGAUGAACUUUAAGGUGCCUGGAUCAGACGAGAACAUGUCUUAUCCUAGCCGAGGGUUCCCAGAUUUGCUCAAGUACCUUGUGUCAGAGAUGUUAAAUGCCACACGAGAAAACAUUUCUAAUCUUUCCAUGGAUCAGCAUUGCAGUUUAGUUCUGCAGAUGGUUUUGAAAUCAUUAGUUGGAAACAUGCCAGAGCUGUUGAAUACGAUUCAAGUUAUUCUUGGCUGCAACAUCGACAUGGAAGGAAACUUAAUAGAGAGUACAACAUUAGAAGAAAUUCCACAGCAUGUUGAAGAACCUUCUUACAGUCGUUUAAUUGAGGUCAUCAUUGAAGUUGCUCCGGACACUUUAUACAACGAGUUAUUACAGAGGGUAUUCAAGACGUCAUUGCUUCAGAUGUCAUCUCAGCAUUGCGGGAACUUUGUUGUGCAGGCUUUAGCUUCCCACACUAAAUGCUCAGAACAUAUUGACCUAAUCUGGGAGGAGCUUGGAACUAAAUUUAAGGACCUACUUGAAAUGGGCCGUUCUGGAGUUGUCGCCUCUCUUAUUGCUGCAACUCAAAAGCUCCAUCACCGUGAAACAGAGUGUUGUCAGGCAUUGGCUUCUGCUGUAUGUGAAGGAGAUGAAUCUCUCAAGUGCAUUGUUCCACACAUACUGUUUGUUGACAACUUUUUUAGCUCUGAAGACAGGCUUAACUGGAGUUGGCCAACUGGUUCCAGGAUACACGUUGUUGGCUCUUUGAUCCUGCAGUCUAUUUUCAGAUUUCCCAGUGAAUGUAUACAGGCUUUUGCUUCUAGUAUCACGUCAUUGGAAAAAGAUCAACUUCUUGUGGUUUCUAAAGAUCCCAGUGGUUCCCGCGUCGUUGAAGCAUUUCUAAACUCUAAUGUAUCUGCAAAGCUUAAGAGGAAGUUAGUGAUCAAGCUCCAAGGACAUUUUGGUGAGCUCUCUGUGCAUCAUGUUGGGGCAUUUAUGAUUGAGAAAUGCUUUAAUACCAGCAACUUAUCUCUGAGGGAGACCAUUGUUUCAGAGAUGUUACCAUUGCGAGCCGAUUUGUCAAGAACAAAACAGGGGCCUUACCUGCUUGGGAAGUUUGAUAUUGAUGGAUAUGCAAGACAACCAGAUGUAUGGAAAACAAGACAAGCUUCAAAACAAUCUGCAAAACAGGAAUUUUAUGCGGAAUUCGGAGCCACUGAUGCCACCAAAUUGAAGAAAGAUAGCUUUCUUGCCGAUACACGCCACAAACCGCAGCCUGAGAAGAUGAAAGAAGUGAGGAAACAGAUUCAGACCAGUUUAACUUCUUCCCGAACAUCAGCUACCCCUUUCUUGGCUCACCAGGGUUCAAAGGCUAAAACAAAGCCAGCCAAGAAAGAAUCAUCAGUGGAUUUGAAAGGAAAAAAAAAUAAAAAACAGAGAACUGAAAAGGGUAAGGAUGGUAUAAAUAGUAGUACCCCUAGAGAAGGAAGUGAGCACAUGGUACAAUCAGAAUUUAGCGGAAACAAUGAGAAGAAGAGAGAGGGGAAGGAUAAAAAUGGGAAGAAACGGCGCAAUGCUGAAGAUUCAAAGUCAUCUAAAAAGAAGAAAAAAGUAGACGCGUGAAAGCUGGGCUUUAUCGAAGGUACUAAGAUUUUUUGUUUUGUUUUCGUUCCGGUCAUCCAGUGCAGAUUAGACAAUUGUUCAAAUGGGAACUAUACAAUGUUGUUUUUGGAUUUAAUAUAUGCACCCCAAGGAAAAUGCGGAGUAUAUAGAGAGGCAAAGAGAAUUUUGAAAAGCAGAUACUGUAAUUCCUAUGGCUAGUGUUCAUAUUCAUGAAAACUAGAUGCCUGGGUACAUUUGUUGUUUUCACUGAUUGAAAAUGUGAGAGAUGAGAACGGAAAUUUGCCAUAGAAGCGUUAUGAUAA